AUGUUAGGUGCACAACUUAUUGACACUCCUAUGGAGCCAAAUCGUAAACUCUUGAAAGAGGAAAGGGAGUUGUUUGGAGAUCUAGGUCGGUAUCAAAGACUUGUUGGGAAAUUGAAUUAUAUUACUAUCACUAGACCUGAUAUCUCUUAUGCAGUGAGUGUAGUGAGCCAAUUUCUACAAACGCCCAGGAUCUCACAUUGGGAUGCUGUAAUCCAUAUUCUUCGUUAUCUUAAGCGAGCUCCUGGCCUUGGAUUGUUUAGAAUUGAAGCCUUUUCAGAUGCUGAUUGGGCUGAAUCUCCUUUAGAUAGAAGAUCAACUACUGGAUAUUGUACCUUUGUGGGAGGUAACUUGGUUACAUGGAAGAGUAAGAAGCAAACAGUAGUAGUUCGGUCUAGUGCAGAAGCUGAAUCCAGAGCAAUGGCUCACACUACUAGUGAGCUGACAUGA